AUGUCCGACUUUACGACGGAAGCCUUCACGCUUCUCGGCGUAGCGAUUGGCGUCAUCGUUUUGCGGACGUACGCGCGGGUCAAGGCCGUCGGCAUCAAGCAUCUGCAGGCAGAUGACUACCUGAUGCUGCUCGUUGCUGUCACAUACUCCGCCGAGACCGCCCUGGCGUACAGUGUAGGGGCCUACUGGCGCGGCCUCGCGAAUAAUGGCAUGACGGACGAGGAGAGGAGGAACCUCGACCCCGCCAGCGAAGAGUUUAACAUCAGGGUCAACGGGUCCAAGACGCAGAUCGCGGGAUGGAUCACGUACAGUUGCCUUGUGCUCUGGCCCGCCAAAGCCGCCAUGUGCACUUUUUACGUGCGCCUUACGGUGAGUAAUGCUGGCUCGCCGUCUCCUUUGGCGUCGGUGCCCAGAGCUGACACGACGCAGGAAGGACUACACAAUUACCGAAAGCGUAUCAUUUGCGGUUUCGUCCUUAUCAUAGUGACCUGGCUGGCGGUGUUCUUCUCCAUCAUCUUCAGCUGCCACCCGAUACACAAGAACUGGCAGAUCUACCCCGACCCGGGCAAUCUCUGCCAACCGGCCAUAUCCAAAAUCAACAUCCUCGUCACCGUCGUCCUCAACGUCAUCACAGAUCUCUACCUCCUGAGCAUCCCGAUCCCGAUGCUGUGGGGUGCGCAGCUGCCCUUGAGAAAGAAGCUCGGUCUCAUUGUGCUGUUCUCGGGAGGCAUCUUCGUCACCAUGGCCGGCAUCCUGCGCUGCGUUCUCAUUAUCUCGAACCCCGUCACCGGCGCACAGCAAGCAGGCUCCUGGGCCGUCCGCGAGACCUUCGUCGCCAUCGUCACCACCAAUAUCCCGAUGAUCUUCCCCCUCGUCCGCCGCUGGCUUACCCCCAUCUUUGGCUCCAUCACGACCACCCUGUCGCGGGGUACCAACAACAGAUACGGGAACUCGAAGAGGUCGAACCUCCCGGCUCCGGGGAGCAUUAAGCUCGGCGAAGUCACGGAUGGCGGCAGCAGCAUCGGCGGCAGUGGCGCCCGGAAGAAGGGCCGCCAGCCAUUUAGUCAGUACCCCAUCACCGAGUUCACGCUGUCCGGGAGCGAAGAGCACCUCAACAAAUCGCCGCCCCUGCCGGGGGUCAUCAGCAAGAACGUGGAGAUUCGGGUCGAAGAGUCGAAGCGAGACAUUUCGAGGAGCGGCACGGGGAGCAUGGAGAGCAGCAUGGAGAGGGGGGACGCCUACUUUACGGUUGACGUUAAUGGACCCAGCGGCGGCGGCGGUGACACGCCCAAGGCGACGAGAGGAGCAAGAGGUACAGGGGGGGCAUGA